CACCACUCAAAUAAUUCACUUGCUCUUUUUUUCCAUAUAUUCCCCCACCUCUUGGCUGUCAAAUAAUUAAUUCCUUACUUCAAAUAUAUUAGUACCAUUUCUCCAAACAUCUAACCAACAACACUUUUAAAAGAAAAUCCAUAUCAUAUCACCCAAUAUAUUUCCUCUCACAUCACAUCAUCCUACUAAUAUCAUCAUAUCCAAUACUCUAAUUUCUAGCCACCCUUUAAAUUAAUAAAUAAAAAAUAAUAAUAAAAUAUUCAAAUAGCUUUACAAUAUAUAUAUACAAGCACAGACUUUCAUAAUCCACUCACAAACCUUAAAGCCAAACGCACAAAAUAUCAAAUCCUUCCUUCCCAAAAUGGAAGGCACUCUUAUUUUCUUCUAUCUCCUUCUUGGAAGUGUUUUUAUUUUAAACGGGGAGGCCCGGGCCCCGUUUGCUUGUAACCCCAAGCGUGCAGGGUUUCGAGCCUUCCCGUUUUGUCAAAUCAGAUUGCCCGUGUCCGAACGUGUUCGGGACCUCAUUGGGCGGUUGACAUUGCAAGAGAAGGUAAAGCUAUUGGUGGACAAUGCCGCCUCGGUCCCGAGGCUCGGAAUUCAGGACUAUGAGUGGUGGUCUGAGGCGUUACAUGGGGUGUCUAAUGUAGGACCAGGGACUAAAUUUGGAGGGAAAUUUCCUGGAGCAACUAGCUUUCCUCAAGUUAUUACAACUGCUGCCUCUUUCAAUGCUUCUUUGUGGGAAGAAAUUGGACGGGUGGUGUCAGAUGAAGCAAGAGCAAUGUACAACGGAGGGAUGGGAGGACUGACUUAUUGGAGUCCUAAUGUUAAUAUAUUGAGGGACCCACGUUGGGGCCGUGGACAGGAGACUCCCGGUGAAGACCCUGUUGUUGCCGGUAAAUACGCUGCCAGUUAUGUCAGAGGUUUACAGGGUACAGACGGUAACCGGUUGAAAGUUGCUGCAUCUUGUAAACACUAUACUGCUUAUGACCUUGAUAAUUGGAGUGGUGUUGAUCGCUUCCAUUUCAAUGCUCAGGUUACAAAACAAGACAUGGUGGAUACAUAUGAUGUGCCAUUCAGAGAAUGUGUGAUGGAAGGCAAAGUUGCGAGUGUCAUGUGCUCUUACAAUCAAGUCAAUGGCAUCCCUACUUGUGCUGACCCUAAACUCCUUCGUAACACUAUUAGAGGAGAUUGGCGCCUUAAUGGAUACAUAGUUUCAGAUUGUGACUCAGUUGGAGUUUUCUACAGUAACCAACAUUAUACAUCAACUCCUCAAGAAGCUGCUGCUGAUGCUAUCAAAGCAGGUUUGGAUUUGGACUGUGGGCCGUUCCUUGGGCUCCACACAGAAAAUGCCAUAAAGAAGGGCCUACUGACUGAAUUAGAUGUAAACAACGCCUUAACAAAUACAUUGACAGUCCAAAUGAGGUUGGGAAUGUUUGAUGGCCCACCAUCAGCCCAACCAUAUGGCCACCUUGGUCCAGCAGAUGUAUGUUCUCCAGCCCAUCAAGAGUUGGCCCUUGAAGCCGCCCGACAAGGCAUCGUUCUUCUUAAGAACCACGGCCCAACCCUUCCAUUGUCCCAUAUUCGUCACCGUACCGUCGCUGUCAUUGGGCCCAAUUCCGAUGUCACAGUGACCAUGAUUGGCAACUACGCUGGUAUUGCAUGUGGGUACACAACCCCACUUCAAGGAAUAGGGAGGUAUGCCAAGACAAUUCACCAAGAAGGCUGUGCAAAUGUGGGCUGCAAUGAUGACAAACAAUUUGGGCCUGCAAUCACUGCAGCAACGCAAGCGGAUGCAACGGUUCUCAUUAUGGGCCUUGACCAGUCCAUCGAGGCAGAGUUCAGGGACAGAGGUGGGCUACUCUUACCAGGCCAACAACAGAAGCUCGUGUCCAAGGUGGCUGCAGCCUCCAAAGGGCCCGUAGUUUUGGUCUUGAUGAGUGGUGGGCCUGUGGAUAUUUCAUUCGCGAAGAAUGACCCACGAAUAUCGGCCAUUGUAUGGGCUGGAUACCCAGGCCAAGCUGGUGGACAGGCCAUAGCAGAUGUCCUCUUUGGCACAACUAAUCCAGGUGGUAAGUUGCCAAUGACAUGGUACCCUCAAGAAUAUCUCAACAAUCUCCCUAUGACCAACAUGGCAAUGCGCUCAGGACCAGGUUACCCUGGCCGAACCUACCGGUUCUACCAAGGGCCCGUGGUGUAUCCUUUCGGAUAUGGACUAAGUUACACCCACUUCAUCCACACAAUAGCUGAUGCCCCCUUGGAGGUUGUAGUACCUUUAGAUGGCCACCGGAGGUCCAAUGCCAGCAAUGCCGGCAAGGCCAUCCGUGUGACCCAUGCAAGGUGCAACCAAUUGUCCUUGUCUGUACACGUGGAUGUAAAGAACCAAGGAUCCAAGGAUGGAGCCCAUACCCUUCUUGUAUUCUCAAGGCCACCAGCAGGGCAGUGGGCUCCACGCAAGCAACUCGUUGCAUUUGAGAAGGUCCACGUACCUGCUGGAUCCCAGCAGAGGGUCAGUGUCCACAUCCAUGUAUGCAAGUUUUUGAGUGUGGUGGAUAGAUCAGGAAUUAGGCGAAUUCCCUUGGGUGAUCACAAAAUUCACAUUGGUGAUGCUAGGCAUUCUGUCUCACUCAAACCAGAAACUUUGGGAGUCAUCAAAUCCUAGUUACAUCAUUCUUAUAUUAUAGUUGAACAUUUGGAUUCCAUGGUUAAUGGAGAGUCAUGCUCGGAAACAUUAUUGGCAACCUGCUCGAAGAGCAGGAUCACAUUAGCAAACCGUGCCAAAGGAUCUAGAGUUGCCGUAAAUUAGCAAGGUCAUCAAUUAUGACUAUAUAGGUCUAUUCUUGGCUUCAUGCAGCAAAAAGCUUGCUGUAAGAUAUUUAUUGAAGCCUCCAUUUACAUGAUUACUACUAGAUCAUAUAUUAUUGAUUUGGAAUUCAAUUCAAGAGCAGUACAAGUGUACAAUGCAGUCAUAAUAUUGUGUGUGCUUACAUCAUAAAUAUUACUAGCCUUGUAUUAGAUCGAUUAUUAGUGAUCUAUUUGGAAAGAUUCACA